AUGUGGUACGUUUAUUUGUUCAUUUUUUGUGGGUUUUUGGCCCUUUUCAUUUAUUACAAAAUAAUCAAACCGGCGAAUUUUUGGAAAAAACGUAAUGUGCCCCAUGAGUCAACUUUUGCCCUCCUUCAAAGAAAACACCCAGCGACAAUUUUGACCCAACUGUACCAAAAACACAAAGACCAAAGAUACGUCGGGUAUUUGCAACUCAAUCACCCUUUUCUAAUGAUACGUGACCUUGAACUGAUCAAACAACUCACAGUCAAAGACUUUGAGUCGUUCCAUGACCAUUACCCGUUCAGCUAUGCCAAAAAUGACCCUAUUUUGGGCAAAAGCUUGCUCAUGUUAAACGGCCAAGACUGGAAGCAGAUGAGGGCGACCUUAAGCCCGGCUUACACAACAAAUAAGUUGAAAAACAUGCACCAACUGAUGACAGAAUGCGCCCAAAACUUUGUGGGCCAUUUCAAAGGCCGGGAAAAAGUGGCUGUUGACAUGAAGGACAUUUUUACGCGUUUUACAACCGAUGUGAUCGCUUCCACGGCCUUUGGCAUCAAAACCGACUCACUUAACCAACCAAAUAACCGAUUUUUCCUCAUGGCCAAGUCCUUGUCCAAGUUUGGGUUCAUCCAAGUUGUGAAAAUUUUGAUUUCUUCGUUUGCCAAAGUCGGGAUUUUUCCGUCAAGUGUUGUGAGUUAUUUUGGCACAAUUAUUAAGAGUAAUAUUCGGGAGAGGAAACAAAGUGGUAUUGUGAGACCAGACAUGAUCCACUUGAUGUUAGAAGCCAACAAAGGCCAAGCAAAUCAACUCACAGAUGACGACAUUGUGGCCCAAGCCAUGACUUUCUUUUUCGCUGGCUUUGAAACUGUGGCAACAGCUUGCUCCUUCAUGGCCUACGAACUGGCCAUUCAUCCCGAAAUUCAGCAAAAACUCCAAGCGGAAAUUGACUCAGUUGGCGGUGUUACGUACGAGAGUCUCCUCUCGAUGAAGUUUCUGGAUCAGGUGGUGUCAGAAAGUUUAAGGUUGUGGCCGCCAGGGUUUCAAAUCGAACGCAUGUGUACCAAGAGUUACAAAAUCGAGCCCAAAAAUCACAAUGAAAAGGGGAUUGUUUUGGAAGAAGGGGUUUCACUUAUUAUUCCAGUGAUUGCGCUACAUCGCGAUCCGGAUUUGUUCCCGGAACCGGACCGGUUUGAUCCGGAACGUUUUAGUGAAGCUAAUAGGAGUACAAUCGUUCCGGGGAGUUAUCUGCCGUUUGGGGUAGGCCCCCGGAAUUGCAUUGCCUCAAGGUUUGCCUUACUUGAAAUCAAGACACUGUUUUUCCAUAUGUUAUCAAAAUUUGAUAUUGUGCCCAUUGACACCACUCAAAUCCCUCUUAAACUAAGCACCAAGAAAAUGCAUUUGGAACCGGAGAAAGGAUUCAGACUAGGAAUAAGACCAAGAAAAGUCUAAGCUAUUUAUUAAAAUAAAAAAUACAACUACAA